AUCAGGGUCGGCCCAGGUCAGGUUCGACCGAGGCGAGCAGCCUGGCCGCGGGGCUCUUGUCGACGAUCGAUUGAGCCAUCGGUCGAAGGCAGGACGGUUCUCGUUCGCAGCAACUUCUGAUCGCAUCGAAACUCUGGACGGAGACGGAAGACGGGAUCGCCGGCUCGGGACGCAGACAGGGGCGGUAGAUUGAUCGGCGUGGACGAGUGGUCUUCUUCCCCAUUAACAGGGACAGGGUAGCUUCGGGACGGACGCGCCCAGGCCUGGACGCGCCUGCACUUCCGCCGCUGGACGUCGCCCAGUUCCGUCAAGGACUCAAGAUAUAUAAUGGAUAGAUAUCUUCUCAAAAGAAAAGCACAAGAUGUUCCAGAAGAGUUGAAUUGGAAAGAGGAGAUUCAGUAUGAUCCGGGAAAGAGAAAAUUGAUAGAAAAGUAUCAUCCCAAUUUGAAAGAAAUGGUAAGAAGAAAGUAUUUGGUUAAUGGUCCUUGCCAGCCAAGAGAAUUUGCUUUUCCAUACACACCGUUUGGGGAAAAAAAGAGAAGGUUCAUACCAGAUUGGUUUGAUGAGUAUGGUAGCUGGCUCGAAUACAGUGAAUUGAAGGACAAAGCAUAUUAUUUUUGUUGUUUCUUAUUUAGGGACCGUGGUAGCAAGAAGGAAGCAGGGUACGAGGCAUUUGUUGUUAAUGGUUGGAACAGCUGGCACAUGAAGGCGAGGCUAAAGGAUCAUGUUGGUGAUGUCGAUAGUGUGCAUAAUCAAGCGAUGAAAAAAUGUGUUGAUUUGCUAAGAAAAGAUCGGCACAUUGAUGUUGCCAUUAACAUUCAAAGUGAUGCUGCCAGGAAAGCUUAUUUUACUCGACUGAAUGCCUCGAUUGACACAUCUAGAUUGUUACUCAAGCAAGGAUUACCAUUUCGAGGCCAUGAUGAGUCGAAGGACUCCUUCAAUAAAGGUAAUUUCUUGGAAGUUCGUGACUUCUUAGCUGAACAUGAUCCAGUUGUAGGCAAGACUAUGGGAAAAGAUGCUGCAAAGAAUGCUAUGAUGGGUUGUCCAGAGGUUCAGAAAGAUAUUGCUGAAGGUUUUGCACAUGUCAUAGUGCAAUCUAUUCUCAAAGAGGUUCAAAAUAAUGUGUUUUGUUUGCUUGUUGAUGAAUCCAGGGAUGUCUUUUGCAAAGAACAAAUGGCAGUGGCCUUGCGAUAUGUUGACAGUUCAGGGGAUUCUAAAGAAAGUUUUGUUGGCCUUGUUCAUGUGAAAGAAACAACUUCUGCAUACCUCAAGACUGCAAUUGAUUCUCUAUUUGCAAAGUAUAAGCUAAGUUACAAUCAAGUUAGAGGACAAGGAUAUGAUGGUGCUAAUAAUAUGUCAGGUCAGUUCAAUGGCCUCAAAUCACUGAUAAUGAGAGAAAAUAGCACAGCUUAUUAUGUUCAUUGCUUUGCUCACCAGCUGCAGUUAGUUGUUGUGGCUGUGGUAAGAAAGCAUAAAGAAGUUAGCAAUUUCUUUAGUAUGAUUACUACCUUGUUAAAUGUGGUGGGUGGAUCUGCCAAGCGCAGGGACAUGAUUAGAGAUAUCAAUCUUGAAGAAAUGAGCAAAGCUUUAGGCUGUGGGCAGCUUACAACAGGCACUGGGUUGAAUCAAGAGCAAUGCCUUCAAAGACCUGGAGAUACUCGUUGGGGUUCACAUGGUAAAACACUUAAAAGCUUGGUUGACUUGUUUCAUUCCGUUAUUAAAGUUCUAGAAUUUGUGGGAGAAGAAGACACUGACAGAACAAAUAGAGAUCAAGCAAAUGGUCUUCUAGUGUACUUUCAGUCUUUUGACUUUGUCUUCUAUUUGCAUCUCAUGUUGACAAUUCUUACAACUACGAACACAUUAUCAUUAGCAUUGCAGCGGAAGGAUCAAGAUAUAGUAAAUGCCAUGAAAUGUGUGAAGUCAACAAGAGAUGUUUUGAGUGAACUUAGAGAAUAUGGAUGGGAAUCUCUGCUAGCUGAAGUUCAUAGUUUCUGUGAGAAGCAUGAUAUUGAAGAGCUGGACAUGGAAGAAGCCUAUAUUAAUCCAAAAAAGAGAAGACAGGUAACUGGAAUUGCUAACAAACAUCACUAUCAAGUUGAUUGUUUCAAUGAUCUUUUUGAUUGGUUAGUUCAAGAGCUUGAUGGUCGGUUUAGUGAGACUUCCUCCAAUCUUCUUGUUUGGUCAGCGGCUUUGAGUCCAAGAGACUCAUUUCGUGAUUUUAAUUUGGAGAGUUUGAUAAGUUUGGCUAAACUAUAUCCUCAUGAUUUCAAUUCUGGGGAACUGAGGGAUCUUGAUAAGGAUCUACGCCUCUACAUCGCUGAUGUACGCACAGAUGAUAGCUUUUCCAACAUAGAAACAAUCACUGAGCUUUCUAAAAAAAUGGUUGAGACAAGGAGGCAUGUUAUGUAUCCUUUGUUUUAUCGGUUGUUGAAACUAGUAGUUGUGUUGCCUGUUGCCACUGCUACAGUUGAGAGGUGCUUUUCAGCCAUGAAAUUGGUGAAAACUUUUCUUCGCAAUCGCCUCAAUGAUGACAGCUUGAGUCAUGAUGUUAUUUGUUAUGUGGAGAAAGAAGAAAUGAAGAAAGUCACCAAUGAUCAAGUGGUUAAGUAUUUCAUGGGUUUGAGGAAUCGGGUGUACUAAAGGAGUAAAAGGUUCUUGAGCCUUGCGCUUCGAUCAUCUACUUCAGAAUUUGGAAAUGCAAGGAAUAUUUUCCAAGUAAUUUGUCUUUUAUUUCAUCAAUAUUGUACGCACUUUGAAUACUAGUUUAUUUAUUUAUACAGUAAGCCAUAUUAUGUUUGUUAUAAGCUAUAAACCAGACGUAUAUAUAGUAGAUUGUUGCUCGAUUUUUUUGCAAUACUAAGUGGUGCA